AUGAAUUUCAUAAUUGGAGCUUUUAAACCAGCAUGCAACAUUUCAGUUGUUUUUACUGAUGGGAAAUCUCGGAAACAGGUGCCAUUGAAGAAGGAGAAUGGUCAAACAGUAAUGGUCCCACUUUUCCAAAGCCAGGAAAGCGUAUCUGGGAAGAUCUCUGUCGAACCAGUUUCAGGGAAGAAGGUGGAACACAAUGGAAUUAAGGUUGAGCUUCUCGGUCAGAUAGAAAUGUACUUUGACAAAGGCAACUUCUACGAUUUCACCUCUCUUGUUCGUGAACUGGAUGUUCCGGGAGAAAUAUAUGAGAGGAAAACAUAUCCAUUUGAAUUUUCAACUGUGGAAAUGCCAUACGAGACAUACAAUGGAGUGAAUGUGCGGCUUAGGUAUGUCCUAAAAGUGACAAUAAGUCGGGGCUAUGCUGGAAGCAUUACAGAAUAUCAGGAUUUUGUGGUCAGGAAUUUCAGCCCUCCUCCAUCAAUCAACAACAGUAUCAAGAUGGAAGUUGGAAUUGAGGACUGUCUUCAUAUCGAGUUUGAGUACAAUAAGAGCAAGUAUCAUCUGAAAGAUGUUAUUAUAGGCAAAAUAUACUUUCUUCUUGUUCGAAUCAAGAUAAAAAAUAUGGAUCUUGAGAUUCGGCGCAGAGAAUCGACUGGGUCAGGGCCCAACACCCAUGUCGAGACUGAGACACUUGCAAAGUUUGAACUAAUGGAUGGUGCUCCAGUCAGAGGUGAAUCAAUUCCAAUCAGAUUGUUCCUAAGCCCAUAUGAGUUAACUCCAACAUACCGGAACACAAACAACAAAUUUAGCGUCAAAUAUUUUUUAAACCUUGUGCUCGUUGAUGAGGAGGACCGUCGAUAUUUCAAGCAACAGGAGAUCACAAUAUACCGGCUUGGCGAAACAUCAUCUUGA